CGCUGGCUAAGAAGCAGUCUGAUUGUAUAUCGCCAACACUAAAGAUGGUCAAUGUAGCACCUCUUAAUCCGGAAUUGCAGAAAAUCGCCAACGAGGAAUUAGGCGAAGUGGCAACCAGGAUAUCGGAAGAUUUAAAUGCUCUGCGUGAAUGGAUAAAACAUCAGCCUCAUCUGAAACCAAGGCAGGAUGAUCAAUUUCUCAUACAGUUCCUAAGGGGUUGUAAAUACAGUUUGGAAAAGGCUAAAGAUAAGCUAGAUUUGCAUUUUUCAUUAAAAACUAAAUACCCGGAGAUGUUAAAUGUCACCAAUGUGGAUGAGCCCAAAUUUAGGGAAGUUCAUAACCUGGGCUGCUUUCUGGAGUUGCCCAUACCCAUAAAUGGCUGCGGGCCUAGAAUUGUGGUUUUCCGUUUUAACUACCCCACCAACAAAUAUAGCAUAGAUGAUAUCUUUCAGCCCGGUUGUGCUGUUCACGAAUUGAUGCUGUUAAAAGAUCCAUAUGCCUGCAUCUGUGGUCUCUCCUAUAUAGUAGACUUUGGCCUGGCUACAGCGAGCCAUUAUAUGCAAAUGACACCAAACUUUUGUAAGAAAAUGGUAUCGUUCUUGGAGAAAUCUAUGCCUUAUCGCAUCAAGUCGGUCUAUUAUAUUAAUGUGACACCCGCCGCUCAGCAGUUUUUUAAGAUUCUCUUCCCAUUUCUUUCGGAAAAACUAAGGCAAAGGAUAAAGGUUCUGGGGCAGGACAUGCAAGAGCUCUACCAAUAUAUCGCUCCCAAAUAUUUGCCCAAAGAUUAUGGCGGUGAGCUGGCUUCUUUGUCAGAACUGGCUGCAGAUUAUAACAAGGUUUGGGAUGCCCAUAGAGAUUUUUUCAAGGAAAAUGCUAACUGUGGUAGUGAUGAAAGCCUGAGACCUGGCAAACCUUUAGAUAUUGAUGGCCUCUUUGGUGUUGGAGGUUCGUUUAGAAAAAUUGUUGUAGAUUGAUGAAGGUAACUUACAAUUUAGCACAAAGUAAAUUUAAUUAUUUGUACAGAGGUUAAAUAAAAGGAAACUGGUUUUAAAUCUGCUACUUAAGAGAACAACCGGAAUAUUUUCGAGAAA